AUGAGGCCCCCGACCACCCACCGCUGCACCGGGCGCGCCCUGCGGAACCCCUGCGGGAGCCUCCUGGCCCUCACCCUGGCUCUCUUCGUGGGCAUGGGUCACGCUCAGAGGGACCCGGUGGCAAGAUACGAGCCGGCUGGCAGGGAGGCGAACCGGCUGCGGCGCCCCGGGGGCAGUCACCCCGCCGCGGCUGCGGCCAAGGUGUACAGUCUGUUCCGAGAGCAGGACGCGCCCGUCCCGGGCUUGCCGCCCACGGAGCGGGCCCAACUCGGCUGGGGGAGCGCCCGGAGGCCCGCCAACGCGCUGGCCAGGAGGCCGCCCCGCGCGCAGCAGCCGCGCCGAGCCCAGCCACCUGCGCAGACCUGGAGAAGCAGUCCCCUGGGCCAGCAGCAGCCCGCAGUCCGCGCCCGGGCCGCCCCGGCUCUCCCGCGCCUCGGAACCCCGCAGCGGCCCGGGGCUGCGCCCCCAACCCCGCCGCGAGGGCGACUUACGGGGAGGAAUGUCUGCGGGGGACAGUGCUGCCCGGGAUGGACGACGGCGAACAGCACCAACCACUGUAUCAAACCUGUGUGCCAGCCGCCCUGCCAGAACCGGGGAUCCUGUAGCCGGCCCCAGCUCUGCGUGUGCCGCUCCGGCUUCCGGGGAGCCCGCUGCGAGGAGGUCAUUCCUGAGGAGGAAUUUGACCCCCAGAACUCGAGGCCAGCGCCCCGGCGCUCAGCCGAGGGGUCACCCAACCCACGCAGGAGCAGUGCAGCCAGAGAAAGCACCACGACACCCAGAACACGCUCACUGGCCUCGCAGCUGCCGCCGGCCAGGUCACUGCCACCAGCUCGGACCCUGAGUGGGCUCAGCCAGACGCAGCCCUCCCAGCAGCACGUGGGGUUGUCCCGGACGGCCCGGCUUUACCCAACCACCGCAGCCAGCGGUCAACUCACCUCCAAUGCCCUGCCCGCAGGGCCAGGCCUUGAGCGGAGGGAUGGCACCCAGCAGGCGGCGUAUCUGGACCACCCGUCAUCCCCCUGGGGGCUGAACCUCACUGAGAAAAUCAAGAAGAUCAAGAUCGUCUUCACUCCCACCAUCUGCAAGCAGACUUGUGCCCGUGGGCACUGCUCCAACAGCUGUGAACGCGGCGACACCACCACCCUGUAUAGCCAGGGUGGCCACGGGCAUGACCCCAAGUCUGGCUUCCGAAUCUAUUUCUGCCAGAUCCCCUGCCUGAACGGAGGCCGCUGCAUCGGCAGGGAUGAGUGCUGGUGCCCCACCAACUCCACUGGGAAGUUCUGCCACCUGCCGGCCCCGAAUCUGGACAAGGGGCCUCCCGAGAGGGGCUCCCGCCACAGGGCCCUGCUGGAAGGCCCCUUGAGGCAGUCCACCUUCACAUUGCCUCUCUCCAACCAGCUGGCCUCCGUGAACCCCUCCUUGGUGAAGGUGCACAUUCACCACCCGCCGGAGGCCUCUGUGCAGGUCCACCAGGUGGCACGGGUGCGGGGCGAGGCCCCGGAGGAGAACAGCGUGGAGACCAGACCCUCGCCCCGGCUCCCCGCCAGCCCCCGCCACAGCCACUGGGACAGCAACAGCAUCCCCGCCCGGUCUGGAGAGGCCCCUCAGCCCCCGCCCCCAGCAGCACCCAGGCCUCCGGGACUGCUGGGCCGCUGUUAUCUGAGCUCUGUGAACGGACAGUGUGCCAACCCCUUGCUGGAGCUGACUGCCCGAGAGGAUUGCUGCGGCAGUGUGGGAGCCUUCUGGGGGGUGACCUCGUGUGCCCCGUGCCCACCCAGACCAGCCUCGCCGGUGGUUGAAAAUGGCCAGCUGGAGUGUCCCCAAGGGUACAAGAGACUGAAUCUCACUCACUGCCAAGAUAUCAACGAGUGCCUGACCCUGGGCCUGUGCAAGGACUCGGAAUGCGUGAACACCAGGGGGAGUUACCUAUGCACCUGCAGGCCUGGUCUCAUGCUGGACCCGUCCAGGAGCCGCUGUGUGUCCGACAAGGCCGUCUCCAUGCAGCAGGGGCUGUGCUACCGGUCGCUGGGGGCUGGCACCUGCACCCUGCCUUUGGCCCAGAGCAUCACCAAGCAGAUCUGCUGCUGCAGCCGAGUGGGCAAAGCUUGGGGCAGCAAGUGUGAGAGAUGCCCCCUCCCUGGCACAGAGGGCUUCAGGGAGAUCUGCCCUGCUGGCCACGGCUACACCUACUCGAGCUCACAUAUCCGCCUGGCCAUGAGGAAAGCCGAGGAGGAGGAACUGGCCAGGCCCUCCAGGGAGCAAGCGCAGAAGAGCUAUGGGACCCUGCUCGGACCAGCGGAGAGGCAGCCACUCCGGGCAGUCACUGACACCUGGCUGGAGGCCGAGACCGGCCCUGACAAGGGAGACUCCCAGGCUGGCCAGGUCACAACCAGUGUUACCCAAGUACCUGCCUGGGUCCCAGGCAAUGCCACAGAAAGACCAACACCACCACUGCCUGGACAGGAGAUUCCAGACAACCCGGAAGAAGAGCGAGUGACCACCCCCCAUGACGGGCUGGAGGCCCCGGGCCCCUCAGGCGUUGACCGGUGCGCCGCUGGAGCCACCAACAUCUGCGGCCCUGGAACCUGCGUGACCCUCCCGGACGGGUACAAAUGCAUCUGCAGCCCCGGCUACCAGCUGCACCCCAGCCAGGCCUACUGCACAGAUGACAACGAGUGUCUGAGGGACCCCUGCGCUGGAAGAGGGCGAUGUGUCAACCGAGUGGGUUCCUAUUCCUGCUUCUGCUACCCUGGCUACACGCUGGCCACCUCGGGGACAACGCAGGAAUGUCAAGACAUAGACGAGUGUGAGCAGCCAGGGGUGUGCAGCGGGGGACAAUGCACCAAUACAGAGGGUUCGUACGACUGCCAGUGUGACCAGGGCUACAUCAUGGUCAGGAAGGGACACUGUCAAGAUAUCAACGAAUGCCGUCACCCUGGCACCUGCCCGGAUGGGAGAUGCGUCAACUCCCCCGGCUCCUACACUUGCCUAGCCUGCGAGGAGGGCUACAGGGGCCAGAGCGGGAGCUGUGUAGAUGUAAAUGAAUGUCUGACCCCUGGGGUCUGCGCCCAUGGAAAGUGCAUCAACCUGGAGGGCUCCUUUAGAUGCUCUUGUGAGCCGGGCUAUGAGGUCACCUCAGAUGAGAAGGGCUGCCAAGAUGUCGACGAGUGUGCCAGCCGGGCCUCGUGCCCCACGGGCCUCUGCCUCAACACUGAGGGCUCCUUCACCUGCUCCGCCUGCGAGAGUGGGUACUGGGUGAAUGAAGACGGCACUGCCUGUGAAGACCUAGACGAGUGCGCCUUUCCGGGAGUCUGCCCCUCGGGAGUCUGCACCAACACCGCCGGCUCCUUCUCCUGCAGGGACUGUGAGGAGGGUUACCGGCCCAGCCCCCUGGGCCACACCUGCGAAGAUGUGGAUGAGUGUAAAGACUUCCAGAGCAGCUGCCUGGGAGGCGAGUGCAAGAACACGGCUGGCUCCUAUCAGUGCCUCUGUCCCACAGGCUUCCAGCUGGCCAAUGGCACCACGUGUGAGGAUGUGGACGAGUGCGUGGGAGAGGAGUACUGUGCACCCCGCGGCGAGUGCCUCAACAGCCACGGGUCCUUCUUCUGUCUCUGCGCACCGGGCUUCGCCAGCGCCGAGGGGGGCACCAGCUGCCAGGAUGUGGACGAAUGUGCAGUCACAGACCGGUGUCUGGGAGGACACUGUGUCAACACCGAGGGCUCCUUCAACUGUCUGUGUGAAACCGGCUUCCAGCCCUCCCCAGAGAGCGGGGAGUGUGUGGAUAUUGACGAGUGUAAGGACCACGGCGACUCGGUAUGUGGGGCCUGGAGGUGUGAGAACAGCCCUGGCUCCUACCGCUGUGUCCUAGCCUGCCAGCCUGGCUUCCACAUGGCUCCGACUGGAGACUGCAUUGACAUAGACGAGUGUGCCAACGACACCAUGUGUGGGAGCCACGGCUUCUGCGACAACACUGACGGCUCCUUCCGCUGCCUCUGUGACCAGGGCUUCGAGACUUCGUCCUCCGGCUGGGAAUGUGUUGGUCAGAGUAUUCCUGAGGCCCCGCCAGGGGACCACCCCCCGGGCCCCAUCCGCAUGGAGUGCUACUCUGGGCAGAAUGACCAGCUGCCCUGCUCCAGCCUUCUGGGCCGGAACACCACACAGGCCGAGUGCUGCUGCACUCAGGGUGCCAGCUGGGGAGACGCCUGUGACCUCUGCCCAGCUGAGGACUCAGUGGAAUUCAGCGAGAUCUGCCCUAGUGGUAAAGGCUACAUCCCUGUGGACGGAGCCUGGAUGUUUGGACAGACCACGUACACAGAUGCGGACGAGUGUGUGAUGUUCGGGCCUGGGCUCUGCCAGAACGGCCGGUGCCUCAACACGGUGCCUGGCUACAUCUGCCUGUGCCAUCCCGGCUACCACUACAACACCGUCCACAGGAAGUGUGAGGAUCAUGACGAGUGCCAGGACAUGGUCUGCGAGAACGGUGAGUGUGUGAACACUGAAGGCUCUUUCCACUGCUUCUGCAGCCCCCCGCUCACCCUGGACCUCGGCCAGCAGCGCUGCGUGAACAGCACCGGCGGCACGGAGGACCUGCCUGACCACGACAUCCACAUGGACAUCUGCUGGAAAAGAGUCACCAAUUAUGUGUGCAGCCAACCCCUGCACGGACGCCGCACCACCUACACAGAAUGCUGCUGUCAGGAUGGCGAGGCCUGGAGCCAGCAGUGUGCCCUGUGCCCCCCCAGGAGCUCUGAGGUCUACGCUCAGCUGUGCAACGUGGCCCGGAUCGAAGCCGAGCGGGAGGCUGGAGUCCACUUCCGGCCAGGCUAUGAGUACGGCCCCGGGCCCGAGGACCUGCAAUACAGCCUCUACGGCCCAGACGGGGCCCCCUUCUACAACUACCUGGGUCCCGAGGACACCGUCCCAGAGCCACCCUUCCCCAACACAGCCAGCCGCCCAGGGGACCACCUACCAGUUCUUGAGCCCCCCCUGCAGCCCUCAGAACUCCAGCCCCACUACGUGGCCAGCCACCCAGAGCACCAGGCCGGCUUCGAAGGGCUUCAGGCAGAGGAAUGCGGCAUCCUGAACGGCUGUGAGAACGGCCGCUGUGUGCGAGUGAGGGAGGGCUACACCUGUGACUGCUUUGAGGGCUUCCAGCUGGACAUGGCCCACAUGGCCUGCGUGGAUAUCAAUGAGUGUGACGACUUGAACGGGCCUGCUGCGCUCUGUGCCCACGGUCACUGCGAGAACACCGAGGGCUCCUACCGCUGCCAUUGCUCCCCAGGUUAUGUGGCCGAGGCCGGCCCCCCACACUGUACCUCCAAGGAAUAG